CUGAACUUAUGAAAACAAAAAAAAACAAAAGCGGCAAACUAUCUGUAGCUUGAUUACCCAUGAUGAUUUUUAAUUCUGCAGAGCACCGGCUACAAUUUUUUCAGCGGCUGCGUUUUUGUACAACCGUCACGCUGUUAAGCCCGCAGUCUUAAGCUACACACAAAACGCAUUCACUUUAGUUUCUGUUGCAUCCUCGAUUCACCAUGCCGUCGCUGCAAGUAUAUGCCAGUAAAGUCACCCAAUUCUCCAGAAAUGAGAACGGCAAGCAGCUGGCCGCGCUAUUUUCUCUCACCGACCAGCAAGGAUCAAGCAUGUAUGAUCACAACAUGACGAUAGCUCAGCUCGAGGGUCAACUUGGAAAGAAAUUAGCCCAGCCUUGGAAUGAGAUCGCCGUCAAGCAUUUGAAGGCUUUUAUUCUCCAGUCCGAAGGAAGAUACGGUGAAGCUUUUGAAGCGCAAAAAGAUUUGGUUCAAGUUUUCCAACGAGCCAUGAUCUCGUGGGAUCGCUGGUGCCUUCCUAUUUUGUACGUGAUCAACAGCGACUUGCGAAUGCUGGCUACACAGGCAGAUCACAUGGAAGUUGCCGCUGAAGGCCAGCGGAAAAAGCUGGAAGACGCUGCCAAUGUCAUCAGUAAAUCGUUUACUUAUUGUAUCACGGACAGAGGUGUGCUGGCAACGUCCAAAAAAUAUGGCACCUACCGCGUGAUUGGCAUGUUAUUCCGCAUCUAUUUCAAGUUGAAGCAGCCGAACCUGUGCAAAAACAUUCUUCGCGCUCUUUCAGCCGCUGAUAUGCCCUCGAUCGAAGAUUUCCCUAAAAGUGAUCGUGUAACAUUCCGAUAUUAUGUUGGCAGAUUUUUCUUCCUGGAAGAAGAUUAUCUUCGAGCAGAACAAGAAUUGUCAUUGGCAUUCAAAGAGUGUAGUCGGCAUCAGCAAAAGAACAAGGAAUUGAUUCUGCUAUUAUUGCUACCGAUCCGUAUGAUGCGUGGUGUACUGCCAAACGAUCGAUUACUUCGAUUGUACCCGCGAACGAGAGAGCUGUAUGGAAACAUUGCAGCUGCUAUUCGUACAGGCAAUGUGGGCCAGUUUGACGCAGCACUCGCUAAAGCCGAAUUACAAUUAAUUCAAAAUGGAACAUACUUUGCCGUUGAAAAGGCACAGAUCAUGGCUAUGCGACGGUUAUUCCACCGAGUAUUCCUAUUGCUUGGAAAGAAUACAAGGAUACCCAUUGGAACCUUCAAGGCGGCCUUGGAAUACACGGGACAACAUAUGGAAGUGGAAGAAACAGAGUGGAUGUUGGCCGUGAUGAUUACAAGGGGCUAUAUGAAGGGAUAUUUAUCGCAUGAAAAGUUAUAUCUCGUUCUAAGCAACAAGGAUGCUUUUCCUGCCAUCACCACCUUGUGAUGGUGAUUUUGGUGGUCUUUUUUUUUUGCAUGUGCUCCUUUGGUUUUAAACACCGACAUACCAUCUUUUUUAAAUCCCGAUAACACGCACAGCGCCCAAAUUCUGAAUCAAAUUUGCGCUCCACAACUGCCCAAAAAAAAAAAAAAAAAUGG